AUGGCGACGACCGCCGUGAACCCCGCGACCGGCCUCGACCGGAACGGCGACACAGUCAUGGCGGACGCCCGGCCGUCGGUUCCUGUUUUCGACACCAUACCCCCCGAAAUAAUUUCUCUGAUACUGGAAUUCCUCGUCCCUCAGCCACCAGAGAUCGGCGAGACACGCCCUGUCGCCUACCACCAACUAAUGGUCGACGAACCCUGGUUCGACUUCACGCGAUGCCGCCGCGGCCUCCGCAGCGUCUGCCGUGUCAACCGUCGCUUGUCCGAGAUGGCACUCCCGUUACUAUACAGGAACGUAGCGCUCUGGGACGAGACAGCAAUGCUUUUCUUUUUCCGCACCCUCUGUAGCAAGCCGCACUACGGCUUGUCCACACGCUACGUGUCUUGCCACAUCACUUUGACAUGCAUCAAUGUCGUCCGCGAAGUCCGCGAGCUCCUUCCCAAGUACCUCCCGACCUUCACGCCAGCGCCAGGGGACGGCGUCCUUGUCACGGCCACUCGACACUUUCUUCAAAUGCUAAGCAGCUUUCUCCCGCAGAUGGUUGCCAGCGAAGGCGACUUCGACCACGUGCCCCAAGCGCUGUUCUGCUUUGUCUUGAUGUUCCUCUCCAAGGUAGAGACGGUCCUCUUGCAAAUACCCAUUAGCGACGAUCAGCCGGAAUACGCGGUGCUGUGCGGCCAGAUCGAGGGCAUCAAGGAUCUCUUCCGAGACGAGCCCGAUGCGGCGCCCUUACAAACGAUCCGCACCCUCCUUCUACAAGGCGAUCCAGAACUCUUGUCCCAGAUUGAGGAAGACGAGUGCGAGUGCGACGGACCAGACGUCUGGGGCGCCCAGCCACGGAAGUACUCCCCGCUCUUCUCCAGCUUCCCCAACCUCACCACGCUCGAAGUCAGCAGCGAUGACGGCGUCUGGACCACGGUGCUUGACGAGUUCGACGACCUCCUCCUGCCCGACGCCACCGCGCCGCCCUUCCUGCCCAACAUCCGCCACAUCUACCUCCACAACAGCGUCGCCUACCCCGGCGACCUACAUCACCUGCUCCUCAACGCACCCCAACUCGAAACACUAUACAUGGCCCCGCGCGGCGACGACUCGCUCAAGGAGAUGCUCGACGACGGAAUGAACGCUGGCGAACACCCCGAGUCCCUCGACAUCGCGCUCGCCAACCACGCCAAACACCUACGCAACCUUGACGUCAGCUGGGAGGACAUAUCCGGGUUUGAGAGCCUGGUGGGGCCCGACGGGCGGCUGACCUCCCUCGCCCAAAUGGACUCCCUACACACCCUCUGCGUGCAGAUGGGCCUGCUGUACGGCACGCCGGCGGCGGUGCUCGAGACGCCCCUCGUCGACCUCCUGCCGCCCAACCUCGUGGAGCUGGCGCUCGAGGACUGGUGGUGGUCCAACGUGGACCUGCUCGACGCGCUCCCGGACUGGGGGCCGCGCGACCGCGUGCGCCACUACCAGUCCCAGAACCACUACCGCGCCGCCGCCCUGCGCACCCUCACCCACUUUGCCCGCGACGUCCGCACCCGUCUGCAGCAGCUCCAGCGUGUGGUGUUGCUGGUCAGGAUACCGUGGACCUGGAUCCUCGAGGGCGAGGACGCUAUCCCGCUCGAGUUCCACUUUGAGGUGGUCAAGAAAGUGUUUUUGGACCAGGGGGUCGAGUUCUCGGUCAAGUCGGAUGAGGUUUGA